AAUGUGCGGGUCACAAUUCCAGUCGCUGAGUUCAAAGUUCAUGUUUAUCUUAAUAUGCAUCGGCGUUCUGCUUCAUCUCACGUCAUCGGCUUAUUGCGAUGACUCAAGGGCUUUGGUCUACACACUAGGUGGGGUCAUUAAGUUGAUCAUUGGUUGGGCGAUACCUCUCGAGUUACCAGUAGGGGUAGUAUUCGUCCAUAACUAUCAGUUCCAGUACAAUGCUCUGGACAACGCAACCAAAUGGCAUACGCUCGGACGUGGUCGUCACACAAAUUUCCUGUCCCGCUUUCAUAUUUUUAAUGUAUUGGAGAAAAGUUUAUCAAGGAGGGGCCUAGACGGAAUGUCUUGCAUUUUGAGGGCUAUUUGCGAAGUUGCGGAAACGCCUUAUUCACACAUUGGUCUCAUUGGACAGUUAAUCGAUCUCAUAUUCAAACCCAAAGUACCAUCUAUUUACCACAGCGCUUGGCUGAAAGGAAGUAUACAUGGAAAUUGCAGCGAGUAUUUCUGUCAGAAAAGUUUAUUUGACAACUGGAGCUUAAGCUGACAUCUUAAAGUAACUUUUUCCAAGCUACAACGUGCAUUUUUAUUUGUAAAUUUUAUUUCUAGUGAGUUACAAUAAUUUGUGUUUAUUUUAAUCAUAGCUUCAUUUUUUUUUAAUUCAAUGAAACCAACAAAUCCACAUCUAUGUUGCAUAUUAGUUUUAAAAUUUAAGGAGAAUUUAUCCUCACCCGCGGCGCUGCCUGCUGUUUGUCAAAUUUUCGCUCAUACAAUGGUUAAUAAAACUAUACAAAUGGUGGACAACGAACGCUUAGUCCAACGUUGCUAAAUAUAUAACUAACCAUAAAACCUUCUUUUUAAAACCAUUAUGAAUAAUUAAAACCAAUAAACCAUCGAAAGUAGAA